AUGGCAAGAAGAUUAGAACGAUUCGCUUUAACCGAAGUUCGAUAUAAAUUACAUCUAUCCUAUUUACACCAAUGUAAAGAUGCGAAGUCGUUACCGUCUUUCCUGCAGUCAAGACCCCCUAUUGAUCAUCCGAAAGCGUGGAAAAUCACCGAAAAAGCUGGUUGGGCCUAUCUACGCGUAUUGAUAGGAAAUUGCCAUAAUAACUUACGCAAUAUCAAUGUUGAAUCAACCGAGCUGAACGAAAAAAUCAAGAAGAUCCUCGACGAAAAUACACUAGGUAUGUUAAAAACCACCAUCUCUAAUCGAUGCAUUUAUGAAAAAAACAAGAUAUCAAAGAGACAUGAAAGAAAGUUUACUAAAGUUCAAGGUAAAGAUAAAAAACAUGAACAAGCGCAGAAACGUUGGGUUAUAAAUAAUUCUGAUCGGGCAUUAAAUUGUCAUGAAAUCACCCUACUUAGAAAAGGAAUGAACUUUGCUAUUACUCCCAAGAGAAUACCUAUAAAAAACAUAGUUGCUUCAGUGGAACAAGGAAUUAAAAAUUUAGAUGCCGAUAAGAAAAAUAGAGUUCGAGAAAAUGUUUGCUCUGUUAUAAAGAACGCUAGGCACCCAAGCAACUCAAACCUUUCACGUCAAGAAGAGAUAGCCCUGAAAGAUCUACGCAGUGACAAAAAUAUCUUAGUUACAAAAGCCGACAAAGGUAAUGCCAUGGUAGUUAUGAAUCAAGUAGAUUAUAAAAACCAAGUAGAAACAAUGUUACAGGAUGAGAUUGUGUACAAACGCAUAACAGAUAAAAGACGUAAUCCAACUUCAAAAACCGACACAGAGUUACAAGAACGUUUAUUAAAAUUGAAAGACACUGGUUUUUUAACAGAUAAUGAGUACAAAACACUGAGACCAUUUGAUUCCUACCCGGCGGCGUUUUACGGUUUGCCAAAGAUACACAAGGUUCCUUUAGUCGAGCAAAAUGAUCAUUUUACAAUAGAAGCAGACACGGUAGUUCCUCUUAGACCAAUAAAUAGUUCAAUUGGGUCUCCAACGUAUGAAAUCUCCAAAUAUUUGGGGCGCAUUCUAAUAACAAUAAUAAUAACAACUUUAUUUAUAACAGACAGCCUACAUCACUACUCAAGUGCUUUUCAGCAGGGCUCUGUAUAUUACAUUCCGUUAUAUUAUUAUGUAAGAAAGUUAA